AUGUCAGAACAAGAAGAGCCAGAAGAGCUUGCUCGUUUUAGAGCAGAAUGGCUAGCAGAAUUACAAAAACACGACGCCCCUCGAAUUCAACAAAUUCAACUAGGACCACCAACCAGCGCCCCUGCUACCCUUGCGUCCGCUCUAGACUUAUACCGCAGAGCUGUUCAACACGAACAACGCGGCGAGCUCGAUGACGCUCUGCGCUCCUAUCGCCAGGCUUUCCAUCUGGAUCCCAAUGUAGACCAGGCGUAUAAUCGCGAGGAAACGUUGGCAGCCCAGAAACAAGCAGGCCAGUCUGCUAAAGCCAAUCAAGUCGACGAGCUCGCCUCGCGCGUUGAGAAAUCCUUGUCACUGAAAUCCGUCACCAAGGGCAAAGAAAUCGUCGUCACUGGGACUUUGUCGACGGUCAUCAGAUCUUUCCCCCAAAAUUUGCGUUUUGAACCGGAAAACGAGAACGAACCUGUCUUGUUAAACAGGCUUCCUGAUGAGCUUCUGGUCCUCAUCAUCAGAAACUUGGAUCAUACAUCUGUGGAACGUUUCGCGGCUGUAAACCGCAAGGCACGCAUAUUGAGUCUGGAUUCUGUCAUCUGGAGGGAAUUUAUUAGAGCGGUCUACAAGCCGCCACAAGUGCCAGACGUAGAUGCGAUGAUUCCUGUCAUCGAGCGUCAUCUCUCUGAUUAUCGACGCGUGUACAUUGAACAUCCGCGUGUGCGUCUUGACGGUGUCUACAUUGCCAUUUGCCAUUAUGUGCGCCCUGGGUUGAGCGAAAAUCAUUGGGUCAACAUAAGCCACCUCAUCACCUACCACCGCUACCUGCGAUUCUUCCCAAAUGGCCAAGUCCUCUCCUUAUUGGCAAAUGAAGAACACAGUCCCAAGCAUAUAGUACCGAUCCUCAAACCAACUCUCCGCAUGAAAGGCCUCUUGCAUGGAACUUGGUACCUCUCAGGAACCACGGUAUACCUCACAGAUCUCAUGGAUUCAAGCGGCCGUUCCUCGCUACCCAUCUCCAGGGACCAGCUUCCAUUGAUUCCAUUGACAAGUUCAAGUUCUUCCGAGAAUGAUAACACUCGCUAUGUUUUUGACAUGACGCUGAAACUCCGUUCGCGUCCCCUUGGGCGUUGGAACAUCCUCGACAUGAAGUCAUACGCUUCCGUCAAUUUGGAGACGGGGGACAACGAACCCGUGGCGUUGAAGCAUGAGAGACCAUUUUGGUUCUCAAAAGUACGCUCCUACGCGCCGUAA